UUGUGGUGGAAGAAAAAAAAGGCAGUAAAAUGACGUGAUGUUUUUUUGUGCAAAAAAAAAGAUAAAUAAUCACAGUCUCGCGUUUUGCAGUGGGGCGGUGGGUUGUGUUUGUGUGUCUCGCUCGUAAUUUUAUAUAUCACAGCUAAGCAGUUCGGUAAAAGCUUUAUUUCAACCAAAAUUACGCAAAUCGCUUCAUUCACCGUUCCGACUCGAGUGCAGAAGCAACAGCAACGAAGAAGUGGUGUGGCACAAAGAAAACGGGGAAGAAAAACAACAACAAAGAUUAGCGCUUCUGGGUAGGGUAGGUGAAGAAGAUCGGAAGGUGCAAAGAAGGGAAACGAAGAAGAGAAAAAACAACAAACACUGGUGUUUGUGUGUGUGUGCUGUAUACCCACCCAAGGGGUUCGUAACAAUUUGCUGCGCGUUCAAUUCGCUUCCUGCACAUUCAUUGCACGGAAGCAGCGAAUCAAAUAGCAGAGGGUGAAAUCGGGGGUGUGUGUGGUUGAAGAAAGCGAACGAUAUCAAAUACAACCAGCCCGUCGCAUUCGUCGAAACACGUAAAUAAAACCCGCAACGGAAAUCGACAGGGUGGGGUGGUGUGCGAAAAAGUGAAAAACCACCCCCCCACACACCAACAAAACAACACACACUCUCUGCCUUUUUUUCACCCGUGCAGUGUGGUAACGGAGUGGUACACACACACAAAUACACGGUCGCUCUAUUGCUUCAAAUGCUGCCAACGAUCGGUUACUGUGAUGAAAUUGUAGAAAGUGUUACCCAGCCAGCCUGUUUCGCGAUACAGCAAAUUCUGUCGCUCCGAAGGGACAACAACCCUUCCUGAAGGAAACAGUUCUCGUACACCAGUGCAUACUGCUGCUGCUGCUGCUGCUAGUGGUGGUAGUGGUGGUGCAUCGCGAAAAUUGCGUCGUACUACUACGUGCACUGCUGGUGGAAGCGUUUGAUGGGGUUGUGGCGGGGCCGAAGGGAACGACGGGCAGAUCCUACCACUACGCCACCGGAAGCGAAACAGCAGCAACGUUCACCUAUAACGACGACGACAACAACCACAGCAACAACUGCAACAAAGGACGAACGUCAUCAUCGAUCCGAGAAGGGUUGCUGCAGCCCAGCGGCAUUGGUGGAACCGUGCGGUGGUGGUGAGGUGAAAGCUGUGACCGUAUCGCGUCCCGAUCAAGGGCAUUUGCAGCGUGCUGGUGUUGUUGCUGCUCCGGGCGGUCCCAGCGUGAUGUGUAGCAGCCCAAACUGGGGCCAGCUGCCUGCCCUUGCGAUAACGAACGUUUUCCAGCACCUGGACCAUCCGGAUCGGUUGAACGCGUCGACGGUAUGCUGGCACUGGCGGUCUGUGAUUUUUCAACCAAGAUUCUUUAAACGCAUUCAGUUCGAUGUCGCUCGUGAGCAGAACAAAAAGAAUAGCUUCUUUUUGCAAAAGCUGGCUCAUAUCGUAAGCGAGGCGAAGGUUACGUUCGAUUCCUGCAAUCUGUACGAUGUGGAGCUUACCGCGGAAAUUCUAUACAAACUUAGCAAAAGUGCUCGCCUGCUGAGCCUUUCCAUCCUACCGAAGUACGCGACCCUAGUUACGCCGGGUCGGUUCUAUUCCGAGGAAGAAUGGAACUACAUCCUCAAGCUCUUUGUUCAACCACUGAUAGCACUGCUUAGCCGCAAGAAUCCGCCUCUGCGGGCGCUGGAUUUGGGUUGUUCCGAAAUUCUUGCCCUCCAUGCAUCGGACUUUCUGACCCUAACCGCAAAACCGCAACAUCUUGAGCGGCUCGCCUUUGCCACCGUGAAGCAGGAUCCGGGCCACUAUCCGUUGGGUUUGAUCGAACCGCCGCUGCUGGAAAAAUGUACCGCCCUGCGUGUGCUCUCGCUCGACUACGACAGCCUGUGCGAUGAGGUGCUGCAGACGCUGCAGCUUCUACCGCUGCGGCAGCUGAUCGUGCACGUGCACGGUAUCGACGAGGACCACUUCGGGCUGUCCGAGGAGGCGUGGGCUAGCUUUCGCAGCAAAAAUCCCGAAACCGAGCUGCACCUGACGCUGGUGUGCGCGUACGAGGCGGUGGAAAUACUGCACACCCACAUCCUGCGGCCGUCGAUGCCGCUGACACAUCUGAAGGUGUUGUUCUGUGAGAAGAUUAAUUGCGAAGCUUUGGAAUACCUUUCACGCUUUCACAACGAGACCCUACGCAGCUUGAUCUGGGUUGAUUCAAUGCGCAUUGAGGAGUAUCGCAACAUCAUGGAGCUGGUGAUGCACACGGAGCAGGACCCGCUGGUGAUGAUGGCAUGGCGGUGCAAAAAGCUGCAAGAGCUCAUCGUCCACGGUUACGUGCUCGAUCCGCACAAUAUCGUCGGCGUGGCGCGUUUGCGUGGCCGCGAGCUGCAGGUGCUGGAAGUUUCCGGCAUUCAUCUUUCCAUCCCAUCCGUCAUGGUGUCACCAUUUAUCGAGGAAAUUAGUGCACAACUUGGCCGAAAAUGGUGCCCACUGGAUGCGAAAACACUUCCACCCGCUCUCCGGUUCUAUCCCGUGUCGGAUGAGGUACGUGAUCAGUACAUCUUAAAGUAUAUUCGCAAGGACAUUAUGGAGUAGCGAGCGCGCGCGCACAGCGUCCCCAAAAGCGUGCCCCCUACGAGAGAGCGAGUGAACAGGGCAGGGAUGGUUUACAUUCUAUAUUAUAUUUCGAAGAAGUUUUUUUUUUCGCUGGAGUGCGCGACCGCGUGAGAAGGAAAGCGCCGCUUUACAAACCAAACAGUGCUAUUAGUGAGCGCGAUUCGAAAACACUCUCCUUCACGAUACUGAACAAUGUGCCACCACCGGAAACCAGGAACGAGGAGGAGGAGGAGUACGCGUUACAGUUCCAAUAGUCAAAUAACGUGCGUUUGUUUGUGGCUCUCAGGGGGGCCUGUCUGAUCAAUGACAAAAGCCCCACAGCGCUAGAAGAUAUUAGAAGUGCUAUUGCAUCGAACUCUAACGUGGCAAAGAACGAAAUGAAAUCCACCAUCGAAGCCGAUUUCGAAGGAAGUGCACACACAGGUGCACAAACCGCUACGCAACCGAGUACGGAAGACUGAGAGCUUUAAAAACCACCUAGAGAGAGAGAAAGAGAGCGAGAGGAGUUGAUGAUCGAGUAGUAUUCACACUGUCGCUGUGCAUAGCGUAAAAAGCAAGCCUACUAUUAACAGCAACAGCACCAGCAGCAGCAGCAGAAAAAUCCGCUGAUACAAAACGGGUGUAGUGUGUUAUAUCGAGCAGCAAGGAUAUCAUCGGUUUAGAAAACUUUACAUCAUUUAUUAUUUUUUUUACAAAAAUGCUGUUUUUCCCCGUUUCGUUCAACGCAUGGUUAUAUUUUUUCCCCACAAUAUGCGAACGAUUUACGUGGAAGCGGCCAUUGAUCAUACACACACAGACAGCCCACAUAGAAAGGAAAUAGUGAGGAUUUAUUUAUACAAAGUAAUAUAUUUUAGAAAAUCAGCUAGAACUAAGGGAAGUACCCCACAGUACGAGCAAUGACGUCCACAAUGAUUGGCAAAGCGAAGCCUACUAAGCAAGGUGGGAAAGCAUCCAAUAACGAUCAACGCGUAUCCUGCGUGCACGCAUCCUCCAGGAGAGGGGCCAUAGGACCGAUCGUAUCAAAGCAAUGAAGAUCUCUCCAGUAACAUGACGUGAGAAUGACGACGAACAGACUGUGUGAACAGAAACAGAGCGUCUCAACUAGGGCAGUCCACCGAGCACGGAAAGCAGCAAAACAAAACCAACGUGUGGUGUUCCGUGAUGUGUGUGUGUGUGUGUGUGUGUGUGUGUGUAUGUGUAAAGAGUUUGUUAAGCCUGACACUCUUGGGUAGGGCAUAGCCGCAAUAAAAAAACAUUUCGGCUGCAAAACUUGCCAUCGGAAAGGAAGAGAGGGCGCCAAAUAGCCAAACCAAACCACAGGCAUCACGCAAACGCAAAACAAGAACACAAACCCGCAACCAAUCUGUGAUGAUAAUUACCACUUUUGUGUUACUCUUAGAGCAGACCCCAAGGCCGGACGGAUUCUUUUGGUUCCUUUGGUCAGCAACGAAAAACGGGAAUUUGCGCGUAUUGUUUCGUUUUGUCACACACCGCCUCGUAGCGGUAAAAUAGCGGAAGGCAGAUUUUGUAUUCAUCAUCGCAAAACCGAACCUUUAUUUAUUGUAGCGUGUACGUUAUUUGUUAAAAAAAAACAUUCGAUGUGACGGAUUUAUUUGUGUUGCACCCCAUAGCCAAAAAGAAACAUAAUAUGCAUUAGUUAGAGACAGUCCACAGGGUACGCGUACACCGCCGUUUAUAUAGUUUGAUUUGGUCUCGAUCGAUCGAUCCCGUGAGCAAAGAUCGUCUGUUGGGCGGUCGGUUUUAAGUAAUUAUUGUGCAAUUUCUUGCGUUCCAACGCGGAACCACUUCAUCACAAACUGUUGUACAAAAAUCUAAUCGCCCAUCUCAAUCAAUCAAGUAACAAAAGGAAGAGGCAAAAAGGAAUAUCGUGAAGUGCUCCAGCUACACUGUGUGCCCAAAAAUAAUAAUGGAGUCAAACAAAAAACUAUGGAGAAAGAUCCUAAUCGGGUUGAAGAAAAAGCGAACCACUAUUGUAACACAAAUAUACAAAUAACACUAUGGAACUGAAACACCUCAACAUGAUGCGAAACUAUACAGUACACGUGUUGGGAUGGCGGAGGUCUAUUGCGAUCAUAGAAGUGAGUUAUUUACGAAGCUAUAGCUGGCUGGCCCACUUACAACGCUGCAGGCAAUCUCAAUUAUUGUAUAGAAGAGAGAAGAAAUCAUGAAACAAAAACCAAAACUAGCAAAAGCUAUAUGAAAACACCAUAAGCCGUCCUCUAUAGUGAAGAAGAAUGGAAAAAUGUGCGCGUAUAUUAACGAUUUGCGUAAACAAUCUGCAAACGGUUGCUCGACCAGCUAACAAGAUGCGCAUAAUAUCUAAAAGAUGGAAAGCAGAUACAGAUUGGAACAAGCUAGAAGAACGACGAGAAAGGAAAAAUAUAAUAAAACUAGCCAAACAAACGAUUAAAGAACUGAUGAAAAAUCCAACAAAAAACAAAAACAGAACAGAAGAGAAACAUUUUAAACAGAAGAAGGGAACAAAACAAUGUCGGUUACAACAAAGUGUGCCUAAAAGUAAAAAAAAGGACAAGCAUAGUGAAAUUACAGUAUAGUAAACUAGAAGAGCACAGAUGUGUAUAACGGUAACAAACGCCCAGAGUGUUGGAAAACACCAGCGCUGCUCAAGAAGAGGAAGUCGGAACACACAGUUUUUCCGCUCAGGCUCAGAACAACUGAAGAUAGUACACACACUUUUGGGAGGCCGGAUGCGAAACGGCGCAACAUCAAACAAAUAAGCUCUACGACACGAAACUUACUUUUACAACAAAUAGUUUAAACCCGGUUUUGUUUUAAAAGACAAACCAAACAAAGACAAAAGCAAAACACUACUCUCAAUCAGAGCGAGCGAGAGAGGAAGCCCAACAGUGCAACCACAUGUAAUGAAACUGAAGUAAAGAAAAAAAAAACGACAACAAAUUCCUUUUACAUAAACAAAAAAGAAACCUACAUCUGUGAUACUAUCGAACAUGGGGGAAAGGGUUGAGAGUAAUAAUCGAGAAAUAGAGAGAGAGAAAGCAACAACAAACAACAACAAAAAAGACGAGAAAUGAAGAUAAAUAAAUAUAUUGCACGAGAAAAGAAGGUUUUAUGCCAGAUAACAGCUAACACAAUAUGACCAAGGAAAGGCGAAUGGAAAACAAAGGACGCAUAAAGAUUGCAGCAAAACAAACACAAAAAUUACAAGCAAUUGCUGUUGAAGAAACCACACAACUCGACUGCAAAGUCAGCCAGCGCUAUCGCAAAAAAGGCGUAAAGCUUGCUCGUAAAAAAACACGAAAUAACCACAACACCUCAAACGAGACGGAUAAUAAAUGCUCCUGGCGAACGACCAAACAGUAGGCAAGCAUAACAGCCGAACUCUAGGCAUAAUAAUGGUUGGAUUAGUUCUUACGAUCAGGCAGGAGGGAGCAGCGGGGGUGAAUUUCAUAGAAACACAAUUUAGUAGAAAGGUUUUGGUUUAAACAGUGAAAAGAAAAUAGCAAAAAAAAAAAAAUGCAAACAUUUGCAAAAAGAACGGACAGAUACAGAUUAUUUUCUAUUAAGCGUAAGCGUAUAUAUUUUGAAACAUGUUUGUUGUCUAUGUAUGUGAGCUGUGUGUGGCAUUGUAAAACUGAUAACACUGCUGCGUCAUUGAUUUGGUACGAAAUAUGGGCCCAACGGGGUUUUUAUUCAACACACAAUAAUGGAAUUAUUUCUGUUGCCCUAUUAUUCCCACAACACAACAUUAGAGAUAAAUUUCAAAAGAUGAGAUAUAUUUAUUAAAAAUCGUUCCGUACGAGAAGAAAACAAAGAACUACUACAGUAAAAGGAGGAGCAAAUAAAAAAAAACAAUAGUAAUGAAGACACCAAACAAUUACUACAAUAAAUAUAGUGAAAUGAGGUAAUACAACAUAAAAUAAAACAACUCGACGCAAUGAAUGUGCGUAAGCCUUAAGCACCACAAGAAGAAGAAGAAGAAGAAAAAGAAGAAGAAUCAGAAAAACAUACAAGUAACAAGUGAGAUUAGCAAACGAAAACAACUCGAAACAAUUCAAACCAAAAGGUAAAAGGUGUUCCAGCAAACAGACUAACAUCGAACACUCGAGGAGGAAGGUGGAAAAGUGGUAGUGUGGUAGAGUGUGUAACUUGAUAGAAGGCAUACAAAAUACAACCACAAACCAACGGAUGGAUCGAAAUACGAUGCUUACCAUAUUUCAAACCAUUGCUAGGUGAAGAGUUCUACCCAUUUUAAAGCGGAGACGAUAAAAAAGACGAGAAGAUUUUUUCAUUUUAUUCCAAGGGCGUAUUAAAGAUAGUGUGUGUGUGCACAAAGCAGGAAGGAAAACAGGAAGCAAACAAACACAACAAAAUGUAUGCAUUGUGAGAUCUUGAUAGUGUGAAUUAAGGAAAUUAGAAAACAAACAGAACAAACAGAACAAAACACUCGAUAAAUCUUUCAGAACGAGUGUGUAGAAGAAAGCAACGAAAUCAACCUAACUAACGACAAGAAAGCUCCACACGAGUGAAAAAUGCUGCCAAAGAAAACACUGCACGAUGUAACACGUUUUCCACUCGAACGGGGAAAAGUGCGAUAAGAGAUGGCAUGCUUGCGGUGGAGCUGAAGGAAAGAUGACCCGUGUCGCGUGUGACGCAGAACUGUGCCAGAGAAACCGUACAUUCCAGCAAGGAGCAGGCAAGAAUAACUGUACUUGAAAAGCAGGAAGCAAGUAAAAGGAGCAAUUUCAGUGGAUCGUUUUGUGAUCGUACGAAAACCAAUCGAAAGGGCAGAAAAGUCUAUAAACAUGCGUAGAAUAUUUUGAAAAGUAUCUGAGAUAGAUCCAGGUAAAGGAGAAUAAGAGAUACAGAAAGAGAUACAUAUAGCAAAAUGUAAUACAUGUUCUGCGAUAAACCAACAGCCAAAGUAUUAAUUAGCGCACGAAAAUCCCUUAUCGUACUACUUGUGGGUGUACUAAAACUCCUAGGUGGGAAGCUCAAUAAAUGCGAACGAAAAUAAAAAAGAAAAAGUAUUGCAAAAACAGAUCGUAGAUAAAAGCAAAAAAGUGAUGUGAAAACAACAGGAAAACCAAAAAUCUUAAAGCGAAGAUAGCAAAAAAGUUGUAAACCAAGCGCGCAAAAUAAAAUUCAUCGUAACGCGGGGAAGGACGAGAAAACAAACGAAACAAGUGAAAAACAAACAAACUUACAAAAACAAAGCAAGAUUGAAAUCAACACCAUCUGUGAUACUAAAAAAGGGAGUUACGAGUAAUGAAGAGAAGAAAACGCAAACAAACAAACAAACAAACAAACGUAACGUUAACGUAUAACAUCAAAAUGGUCAAAAAACAGAAAAAAUCGAAUGCUUAAUGGUGACUUAAAGCCAAGCCAACGCCGCCCAACCGACAGUGGCAAGCAAAAAACCGUGGCAGCGGCCAGAUUAAAAAAAAAAUGGUGGUUAACAACACAAACUAAGCGCUCAAUAUAAAACGUAACCGCACCAUAAAAAAAAUGAAAAAAAAACGAAAGUACUGUAGAGAAGUGAUAAAACGUACUGUUUAAAUUAAUAUAUCAAUCGACCCACUCGCCCACCACCUUCUCGGUCGGUCGCGGAUCGGAAGUAAUUGGAAGCAAAUUUAAUUUAAAUAAUAAUGGUUUGAAAUUUGUUUUUGGUUUUGACGUGUUUGUUUUAUGUUGUAGAUGUUGUGUUAUAAAAGAAUGAAAAGCAAGCACAUUGUAUACAUUGUGAGCAAGUAAAGUCGGUAACAACAGCAAAAGCGAAGAAAAAUCGAAGCUUCGAAGAGUAACUUAAACGAGCGAUAAGCUACGAACAACCGCCGAUUGUUCUAUGAGGAAGAGAAACAGUUAGCAAAGAGAAGGAGAGAAGAUAAAUGUGCUAUUUUGUGAAGUGAAGUCCGUGUGAUAUGGUGUGUAUCACAACUCGAUUCACGACGUACCGUUCUUUUGAAUCGUUUUACAGAGGGCAAACGCUGGAAUAAUGCGAGGAUUAUUUUAACAACACACAGUCUUCACACAUAAUCUACAAAACACUGUUGCGAUCCUUGAUGUGGACAUUUAAAAUAGCACGUCGCUUGUACCGGAGAAAACAGCUAUAAAGUGUGCUUCUUCCUUUUUGACGACACGCGUGCCCUCCUGGUACACUGAGUGAAGCAAUAUUUUCCUUGCUUUUUUGGAUGUUUAAACCAAACCCCCUUGAAAAACGAAAAUCCUACAAUGGAAUAGUGAAAAGGAAUAUUUUGAGUGUGUUUUAUGUGUUGAACUUUUCUUUACUUUUUUUCUAAAAUGCUUUGCUAAGCUGACAGGACAUUAACUUUGUCUACCAAAAUGCAAACGCAAAUUAGCAAAAUUUCCCCGCAAUUAGCCGCGCCGUGCACAGUAAAAGUGUGUGUGCAUAUGUGGUGCUUGUGUAAGUAUGUAUGUUGUAUGUAUGUUUGCCCUUUCUUGUAAUGACAUAGUACGCGUACUACAUGAAUUCGCUGUGUGAACUCUAUUAUUCAGUCGUCAAACGCACACGCUGAUGCAGUGCGCGUGAUGCUAUUAAUCUCUUACGAUUGAACAGCAAAUGUAAUGCAAAAAACCCCGGUCACUGUUGUGCAACUUUGUGUACACAGCUGUACGGUAACCUACAUAAAUCAACCUUCUCUUCUGUCUCUCUUGUCCGUCUGUCUGGACGAGGAAUUUGGCUUUGAGGAAAUAAAUUAAUGGAUUAAUAAAGCAUAUAACAUAGAGGAAAUAUGUGUACUCAAAACAA